CUUGUUAUACUCCAAUGUUGGUAAACAAAAUGAAUUUAAACAAACACCUUAUAACCUCAAAACAUGGUUAAAACUAUACUUUUGAUAUCAUGGAUGGUGAGUCCUGCAUACGUAGGUCUCUCUCUUUGAAUUUGAGAGCUGUUACAGCUUUUUACCAAAAUACAGGUGUGGUGACUGCUUUGUUAUUGUUUCAAUUAAAGGAUUCCAGUUUUAAGUGAACUUGACCAUUAUAAAUAAUGAGGAACGUAUUUGGGGUCGACGUCAGGUAGCCAAAGUUCUCUCUCAGGUGUAAAGAAUGUGUCUUGUAGUGUUGCAACCAGUCCCUAGACAAGCUGAGACACAUCUUGAGAGUAUAAGCAGGAGAGGGGAAAGGGGAAGAGAACUCUUUGCUGUAGUCUGGCGAUUUCAAACCACCACACCCGACUUUUCAAGAACUCACAUAAUACACAAGGAGAAUGGUGAAAGGAAUUAAAAAAUAUAUAACCAUUAAAUACACUUUAUUCAUCUGCUGUUACAUUUUUUGGGUAGCAAGUGCUGUUCUUAUAGCAGUAGGAAUCUACGCCAAAGUUUCCAAAGAGAAAGAUGUUGUGGACACUUUGAUGACUGACCCAGCUCUCUUGCUGAUCGUCAUUGGCUCCCUAAUGUUUAUGAUCACCUUCUUUGGGUGCUUCGGUGCAUUGCGCAAUGGAACCUGCCUACUGAAGACAUUUUCAGGGAUAUUGGUGGUAAUCCUUCUCCUACAGAUUACAGCUGCACUGCUUGGAUUCCUGUUCACUGACAAGGUUUUGGAGAGGACGGAGAAGUUAAUGAGAAAGGCAAUUGUUAGCUAUCGGGAGGAUUUGGACUUGGAAAAUGUUAUUGACUUUGUUCAGAAAAAGUUCCAGUGCUGUGGUGUUCACACCUAUGAGGACUGGUCCGAUAACGUCUACUUCCAGUGCUCUGCGGAAAACCCCAGUCUGGAAGCCUGUGGAGUGCCUUUUUCCUGCUGCCUACGACUGCACAAUGAGACAGUUUUCAACACCAUGUGUGGCUAUGAGGUCCAGAGUAUGGAGCUGAGUUCAGCAGGGAGGAGAGUGUACACCAAUGGCUGCCUGGAUAAGGUUGUGUGGUGGGGGAAGCAGAACCUCUUCCUAGUGGGGGGGAUUACUGUGGCUCUGCUCUGCCUAGAGCUGUGUAUGAUUACUUUGGCAUCUUGCCAGGUGUCUCGCAUAAAAACGGUUCAACAGAGGCCAAAACAAGAUGGUGGAAAACACCCUUCUUUGACUAGAGAAAGACUAGACAACAAUGUUUGGUACCCUGCUUCCUGGGACUUCAACAAGGAAUGAAAGGGCCCUCCUCUUGGUCCAAUAGAGUUGUACAUGAGCAACAGCUUUGAACAGAAGUAGUCUGUACCCACUGUGAAUCUAUGUACUUUCAUGUCAAAAGGUUGUUCAAGAAAGCACUGUGUGGUCCACAGUGCACAGAUGUGGCCUUGAUUUUUGUACGUUAUUAAAACUGUGAUUCUGAUCAUCGCCUGGUUUUUCAUUGCAAGCCGGAAAGCAAAGGCAUUAACUAUUAAAUACACGAUUUCCAACCACAGGAAAUGUCUCAGAUUAUCUUAUCAAUAUAAGAAACUGUAUUUUAAAACGGAUGUCUAUCUUAAUUUGAACAGUUUCUCACAUCAGGAAAAUAAUCCUGUAGCAACAGGAAAUGUGAAUGAAAAUGACAAACUUUAGAAGCCGUUUUAAACCUUGAAUACACUAGAAUUUGCAUAAUAGUUGUCACGUUCCUGACCUGUUUUCUGUUGUUUGGUAUGUGUUUAAUUGGUCAGGGCGUGAGUUUGGGUGGGUAGUCUAUGUUAUGUGUUUUCUAUGUUGGGUUAAUGGGUUGCCUGGUAUGGCUCUCAAUUAGAGGCAGGUGCUUGGCGUUUCCUCUGAUUGAGAGUCAUAUUAAGGUAGGUUGUUCUCACUGUUUGUUUGUGGGUGAUUGUUCCUGUGUCUGUGUAAUCCACAUGGGACUGUUUCGUUUGUUCGUUCGUUUUAGGUAGUCUGUUCCUGUUCUUGCGUCCUUCGUCUAAUUGUAAGUUUGUUUGUUUCAGGUCUGUUGCCUUCGUUUAUUGUUUUGUAGUUUGUUCUAGUGUUUUGUCAGUGUUUCGUCUGUUUGUAAUAAAUCGUUAUGUAUUCAACACCCGCUGCGCCUUGGUCCGUUCAUACACCACCAGACGAACGUUACAAUAG